GGGCUCGCCGCCGCGCUAGGCCCGCCGGGCGGCCCCGCGCAGUGCCCUCCGCGGGCCCGUCACUAGGCGGGCCGGAGGAUGAGCCAGCAACCGGCGGGGAAGAUGUCGGCGGCUCCCCUGGCAGCCGAGGCGCUGGAGCCGGCGGCGGGGAUGCUCGAGGGCCGCCAGAGGAAGCUGGAGUCCAUGAUCCGCGACCCGCGCUCUCCGGUCAACGUGGAGAGCCUGCUGGAUGGCUUGAAUUCUUUGGUCCUUGAUCUGGAUUACCCAGCACUGAGGAAGAACAAGAACAUUGAUAAUUUUUUAAAUAGAUAUGAGAAGAUUGUGGAAAAAAUCCGAGCUUUACAAAUGAAAGCUGAAGACUAUGAUGUUGUUAAGGUGAUUGGAAGAGGUGCUUUUGGAGAAGUGCAGCUGGUUCGCCAUAAAAUGACACAGAAGGUUUAUGCAAUGAAGCUACUUAGUAAAUUUGAAAUGAUCAAGAGAUCAGAUUCAGCCUUUUUCUGGGAGGAAAGAGAUAUCAUGGCCUUYGCCAACAGCCCGUGGGUGGUUCAGCUAUUUUGUGCCUUUCAAGAUGACAAAUAUUUGUACAUGGUGAUGGAAUACAUGCCAGGUGGAGAUCUUGUAAACCUUAUGAGCAACUACGAUGUGCCUGAGAAAUGGGCCAAGUUCUACACAGCUGAAGUUGUUCUUGCUCUUGAUGCAAUUCACUCCAUGGGCUUGAUACACAGAGAUGUGAAGCCUGACAAUAUGCUUUUAGAUAAAUAUGGGCAUCUGAAGCUGGCAGAUUUUGGCACUUGCAUGAAAAUGGAUGAAACAGGGAUGGUGCGCUGCGACACAGCCGUGGGGACCCCCGACUACAUCUCGCCCGAAGUCCUGAAAUCGCAGGGGGGUGAUGGUUACUAUGGACGGGAAUGUGACUGGUGGUCUGUAGGGGUUUUCCUUUUUGAGAUGUUAGUUGGCGAUACUCCUUUUUAUGCAGACUCACUAGUAGGAACAUAUAGUAAAAUUAUGGAUCAUAAGAACUCAUUGCAUUUCCCAGAUGAUGUGGAAAUUUCUAAGCAUGCAAAGAACCUUAUCUGUGCCUUUUUAACUGAUAGGGAUGUGCGACUUGGGAGAAAUGGGGUAGAAGAAAUAAAGCAUCACCCUUUCUUCAGAAGUGAUCAAUGGAACUGGGACAACAUUCGAGAGACUGCUGCUCCUGUUGUUCCUGAGCUUAGCAGUGAUAUAGAUAGCAGUAAUUUUGAUGACAUUGAGGACGACAAGGGAGACGUGGAAACCUUUCCAAUCCCCAAAGCCUUCGUGGGAAACCAGCUGCCUUUCAUAGGAUUUACCUACUACAGAGACAAUUUGUUGCUAAGUGACUCCUCUCAGUCUUGCAGAGAAAAUGAAUCUGUGCAAUCUAGUAAAAAUGAGAAAAUGCUAUCCAAAAACAUCUGCUGCAGUGGAAAGUCUCUGGCUACAGAGCACAGCAGAGGGCCGUUUCAGAAAAAACUAAGCAAGCUAGAAGAACAGCUCAGUAAUGAAUUACAAGCCAAAGAUGAACUAGAACAGAAGUACAGGUCUACAAGUGUUCGUUUAGAGAAGAUAGCGAAAGAGCUUGAUGAAGAGAUAACUUCAAGGAAGAAUGUAGAGUCUGCAGUCAGGCAGUUAGAGAGAGAGAAGGCUCUCCUUCAGCAUAAGAAUACAGAAUACCAGAGAAAAGCAGAGCAUGAAGCAGACAAGAAACGCAAUUUGGAAAAUGAGGUUAACAGUUUGAAAGACCAACUUGAAGAUUUAAAAAAGAGGAAUCAGAACUCUCAAAUAUCCAAUGAAAAAAUCAAUCAACUACAAAGACAGUUGGAUGAAGCCAAUUCUUUGCUGCGGUCAGAGUCUGAUACUGCAGCCAGGUUAAGGAAGAACCAGACAGAAAGCACAAAGCAAAUCCAGCAGCUGGAAAUUAAUAAUAGAGAACUACAAGAUAAGAACUGCCUGCUAGAGAAUGCAAAACUCAAACUGGAGAAGGAGUAUCUCAAUCUUCAGUCAGCUCUAGAAUCAGAAAGGAGAGAUCGAAGUCAUGGAUCAGAGAUUAUCAGUGAUUUACAAGGUCGAAUAUCUAGCCUUGAAGAAGAAGUGAAAAAUGGAAAGAGUGCAUUAGCCAAACUGGAAAUGGAGAAGAGACAAUUGCAGGAAAAGCUCACAGAUUUAGAAAAGGAAAAGAGCAACAUGGAAAUAGAUAUGACAUAUAAAUUUAAAGUUAUGCAGCAGAACCUUGAACAAGAAGAAGCUGAACAUAAAGCCACAAAAGCACGAUUAGCAGACAAAAAUAAGAUCUAUGAGUCUAUAGAAGAAGCAAAAUCUGAAGCCAUGAAAGAAAUGGAGAAAAAACUUUUGGAAGAGAGAGCUUUAAAGCAGAAAGUAGAGAAUCGGUUGUUGGAAGCUGAGAAGCAGCGCUCCAUGUUGGACUGUGAUCUCAAGCAAUCACAGCAGAAAAUAAAUGAACUCCUUCGGCAAAAGGAUAUCCUAACUGAAGAUGUAAAAAACUUGACAUUAAAAAUCGAGCAAGAAACACAAAAGCGCUGUCUCACUCAAAAUGACCUUAAGAUGCAAACGCAGCAGGUCAACACCUUGAGAAUGUCAGAGAAGCAGUUAAAACAGGAGAAUAACCACCUUCAGGAAAUCAAAUUAAGCCUGGAAAARCAAAACAAUGAACUCCGCAAGGAACGUCAAGAUGCAGAUGGACAAAUGAAAGAGCUUCAAGACCAGCUUGAAGCUGAACAGUAUUUCUCAACUCUGUAUAAGACACAAGUUCGAGAACUUAAAGAAGAAUGUGAAGAAAAGACCAAAAUUUGUAAAGAAAUGCAGCAAAAGAUACAAGAGUUACAGGAUGAGAGAGAUUCCUUGGCUGCUCAGCUAGAGAUAACGUUGACAAAAGCGGAUUCAGAACAACUUGCCCGUUCCAUUGCUGAAGAACAGUACUCUGAUUUGGAAAAAGAGAAGAUUAUGAAAGAGCUGGAGAUUAAAGAGAUGAUGGCAAGGCAUAAACAGGAACUUACWGAGAAAGAUGCCACCAUAGCCUCACUGGAGGAAGCAAAUAGGACACUAACUAGUGAUGUGGCUAACCUUGCUAAUGAGAAAGAAGAACUUAACAACAAACUGAAGGAAGCACAAGAACAAAUUACAAAGCUGAAAGAAGAAGAAGCAAAUGUAGGAAAUAUUAAAGCACAAUUUGAGAAACAGUUGUUGAAUGAAAGAACAUUAAAAACCCAGGCUGUGAAUAAAUUGGCUGAGAUCAUGAAUCGGAAGGGUCCAGUGAAACGUGGAGCUGACACUGAUGUACGGCGGAAGGAAAAGGAAAACAGGAAGCUGCAUAUGGAACUGAAGUCUGAACGAGAAAAGUUAACCCAGAUGAUGAUCAAAUAUCAGAAGGAAAUAAAUGAAAUGCAGGCACAAAUAGCAGAAGAGAGUCAGAUCCGGAUUGAACUGCAGAUGACUCUGGACAGCAAAGACAGCGACAUUGAACAGCUUCGUUCCCAGCUGCAGUCAUUGCACAUUGGACUGGACAACAGUAGCAUAGGAAGUGGACCUGGAGAGGCUGAAGCAGAUGAUGGAUUCCCUGAAUCAAGAUUGGAAGGCUGGCUAUCAAUGCCUGUUAGAAAUAAUACUAAAAAGUUUGGAUGGGUUAAAAAGUAUGUGAUUGUAAGCAGCAAGAAGAUCCUGUUCUAUGACAGCGAACAAGAUAAAGAACAAUCUAAUCCCCAUAUGGUAUUGGAUAUAGACAAACUCUUCCAUGUCCGACCAGUGACUCAGACUGAUGUGUACAGAGCAGAUUCCAAGGAAAUUCCAAGGAUAUUCCAGAUCCUAUACGCUAAUGAAGGAGAGAGCAAAAAGGAACAGGAAUUUCCUGUGGAGCCCAUGGGAGAGAAGUCAAAUUACAUUUGUCACAAAGGACAUGAGUUUAUACCUACUCUUUACCACUUCCCAACCAAUUGUGAAGCUUGUAUGAAGCCACUGUGGCACAUGUUCAAACCUCCUCCUGCUCUGGAAUGUCGCCGCUGCCAUAUCAAAUGUCACAAAGAUCACAUGGAUAAAAAAGAAGAGAUUAUAGCGCCUUGCAAAGUGUACUAUGAUAUUUCUACGGCAAAGAAUCUACUACUGUUAGCUAAUUCUACAGAAGAACAGCAAAAAUGGGUGAGCCGGCUGGUGAAAAAAAUACCUAAGAAGCCUCCAGCACCAGACCCCUUUGCUCGAUCUUCCCCCAGAACUUCCAUGAAGGUACAGCCAAACCAGUCCAUCAGACGACCAAGUCGACAGCUUCCUCCGAACAAACCAAGCUAACUGCUUUCCGUGAAUGCAGAUACAGUCAAGGUGAUAAUUUUCUUCCCAUUACAGCAAGACUGAAACAUAUCCCAAAAUAUAUUAAAUAUAUAUAUUUUCCUGAGAGAUUGUGCUAUAUAUAUCAGAGGUUUACAUUUUUGCUGCAAUAUAAAUUACUAAUCUCUGAGGGUUUUCCUGUAUUUUCCUGAGUGACUGAUCAAUUGAGGAAUGGUUGGUAAAUAGUAAAAGGGUAUGUUAGGUAACCUUUUAAACUGUGUUCCACAAAAGCUUUCUUGGCAAGACACACACACUACAUUUCAUAAAGGAUCAAGAGGAAUGAGUAUUGAAAUGGAAGAAACUGACUUUUCAGCUUUCAUAAAGAUGCCACCAGCACGUCUGCAAGUAGAACCGGACGAAGAUCCACCAUAGUGAUAUAGACUGCAUCUGUAAGAAGUGACCAUUAUACUGUGUAUAUAUAUUGUACUGUAAUACUGCAAGAGGGUUUUAAAAAUCUUUCCACUUUAUUUUUUUAUGCUUAUUAAUCAGAUACCAUUACUUAUUGCAGUUGCAACUAUGCACUUGUAUAAAGCCAUAAUGUUGAAGUUUAUAUCAUUCAUACACGUCUAUCAGAAGCUGCAUGUCARUGUUCAGCAGCUAGUAUAGGUUUGAAGUAUAUACUAGUUUCAGCUACAUCAUCAUGGGCAGUCCUGUUUUACCUGUCUAAUUGCCUUAAUUUAAUUUUUUUCAAGUUUUUUUGCCCAUUCUUUCUAUUUAAGGAAAAAGAAAGUUUACCAGCUCUUAGGAUGCAAUUUUGCUUUGUGGCAGAAGAUAUAGUGCACUAUUUUUACACCUAGUAAGUAUAUCAGUGUCAGCCUAUUUUGAAUGUAUAUCGACUGGUUUUAAGGGUGGAGAAGUGUUGGUUACAGAAACAAUGAAAGCAUGGGAUUUACCAGACCAUUUGCUUGUACAUGUAACUGCUCAUCCAGCCCUUUUUACAAACCUCAAUACUAGUUAUUGACUUAUAUUAACCCUCAUUAAGUGCUAUGAAACUUCAUUUGCCUUGUUUUUGCAUACUCUCCUAGAUGUGUUUUUUUUUUUAUUUCUGGAAAAUAAAAGAAUCUGUGACUAUUUUUACAUUUCACAACACAAUAUCCAAGGACUGUCACAAACUUUAAGAAAAGUAAAACAUACUGUAGAUGUAUUUUAAAGUUUUAAUCUGGUUCUCUAGCACAUAGCUGUAGGCAUAGAUAAAUAUUUCAGUAGUGUGUUUUGAGAACUGAUAGCUGGGAAGAAAGGGCCUCAGAGGCACUUAAUCUGACUUUUUUUUWAACUUGGAGUUGUACAAAAAAUAUAAUUUAUGUGGGCUCAAUAAUGAUGUGUUCAUAAUUAUCCCAGAAAAUGCAUGUUUUAUACAACUACAGUAUGCGAUGUUAAACAUAUUGACAGUAAAAAAUGUAGUCUCAUAUUUGGUCUCUUUAUAUAUAUAAAUAUAUAUAUAUAUUUAGAAUAUAUAUAUAUAUAAAAUAUUGUGUGGGAGUGCAGUAAUUUAAAAUAUGAUCUAACACUUCAAUGAAGGAGGACAUUUCACUUUAAAAUUUUGUUUGUUUGUUUUUGUUUUUUAAAGAGUGUGGAAAUGUUUGGAAGGAUAGGACCAUGUUUUAUUUAACACUAUCAUGAAAGGUGGACUUGGAAACACUGAAAUACUGAAAAUUAAUAAAUAUAUUUACAUUUUGUAACCUCUACUGCAGUUCAGCUUAACAGAGCAAGAAUGUAUUCAGUCUUCUAUUUAUGCACUCACAAAGUAAAAUGUUUGUGAGUUCUUAAAUUCAAAACUAAAACUUUCAUAUAAUUUCCUUUAGGUAUUAUAACCCAGAGCACAACUACAGUGGUUUUUCCCUGCUUGUUUUGAUUUACAGAAGUACGGUAUAUUUUUAGAAAAUGCAGAUUUGCAUAGAGUACAACAUUAAAAAUGUAUACAGUAAAACUGUUUCCAUUCACUGAAUGCAUAAAUAUUUUAUAUAUAUAUA